GCCAUGGCGCUCGCAGUCUUUGUCAACCGCCUCCUGAGCGGAAUGGUCGCCCUUACUUUCUUGAGCCUAGUGGAUGCGGUGACAUACGCCAAUACCUUCUACCUCUUUGCUGUCAUUUCGUUCAUCUCGACCAUCUUCUACGCCGGCUUCCUGCCAGAGACGAUGGGAAAGACACUGGAG